CACACGUACUUUAUAUAUAUAUAUAUGUAUGUAUAUAUAUGUAUAUAUAUAUAUAUAUAUAUAUAUAUAUAUAUUAUAUCGCAGAACGAGGAGAAAAAGAAGUGGAUAAUGACGAUGAAAGAAAAAACACCACUCUCACGGAACACAGCUCACUACACCAUUUCGAUCCGAGUUGGGCCCUUGGCCGCGCGCGCUCCUCCGAUCGGUUCACCAGCAACGACAAGCCAAAUACGACGACGACGACGGCCACGGCAACCCAGACGACGACGACGACGACGACGACGACGACGACGACGACGACGACGACGACGACGACAACGACAACGACGACGACGACGACGACGACGACGACGACGACGCGACGAUGACGGCGACGACGACGACGACGACGACGACGACAGAAACGAGGUCCGUCGUUACUUGCACAUAUCGUUCGCGAAAUACCUCGGUAACAUCUUGUUAAUCGAGACGGACAACGUUACGAGGAGCGCUUUCUUCACUGCCUACGCUUCCACUUUACCGUUCUCUCUUUUUCUUUUUACUCUUUCUUUCUCUCUAUCUUUCUUUCUUUCUCUCUAUCUCUCUUUCUUUCUAUCUUCCUCUCUCUCCCGCCCUCUCUCGCUUGCUCGCUCGCUCGCUCGCUCUCGCUCCCUCUCACCGCUCUCCUUACACCGCACGCGCCCACCGUCCCAGUGUCAGAGCCAAACACAUAAAAUGGCGAUCCCGAGACGAUGCAGCUUUCUGGGGAAGCCUCGAGCAUCGACUAGUCGGCUAUAUAGCGACAGUUCGCCUCUCCGGAACUGUCUGAACUGCGGUCGAUUUUUCAUUCGAAGGCGCCAAUUGACUGACGCGCUCUCUAUCGGCGAAGAACGAAUUAGUUGUAUAUAUUCUCAGAAGGGAUUAUUUCGAUGGAACUGCUACCUAGCGGUACGGAUAAAUUACGCCUCGAAAAUAACGGAGCAAUCCGCACAAUUUUACAUUAUGAGUAUUCGUGAAAAUUAUUUUAUAUUUACUUGACAAAUAAUAAAACAUAUCUAACUUGUUGUAUACUUGUAAAUUUCCUCGAAAGAAAUAUGUCUGCAAUUAUAGACGAUAAAGUAGUUGCAGGAGCAAAAAGUUUAAAUACUGUUAAAGAGGAUCCCAUUGUAGCAUUGACAGAAAAAGUAAAGUCUCUUUAUUUCUUUCGGGAUCAUUAUUUUGAAAAUCAUCUAAUUAAAGAAGCUAUUAGAAAAAACAGUGAUGUGGAGAAAGAAAUGAAAGAAACUAUUAGUAAAUUCGAUGAAUGUAAAGGUUAUGAAAUAGAUGGUAGCCGGGCAAAGUAUUAUUAUUUGAAAGGGAAGGCUUUAAAUGUUGUAGAUCGUUAUAUCCCUCAAGCUGAAGAACUUUUGAGUAAGGCUGUAAAAUUAGAACCAAAUUUAACCGAAGCCUGGAAUGAAUUAGGAGAAUGUUAUUGGAAAAAUGAUGACAUUCAACAGGCUAAAAAUUGUUUUGUCGGUGCUUUAUCUCAUGGUAAAAAUAAAGUAUCUUUACGUAAUCUAUCUAUGGUACUAAGACAAGAACCAACUUCAACCACAGAACAACGUGCACAAAAUAUUCAACAAGGCGUUGAAUAUGCUAAAGACUCUGUCAGUUUAGAUACAACCGAUGGUACCUCUUGGGCAAUAUUAGGAAAUGCUUAUUUGUCAUCUUUUUUUACAAUAGCACAAAGUCCAAAUAUUUUACGUCUUUGUAUGUCAGCAUAUGCACAAGCAGAAAAAGAUAUUGUAGCAAGAAGUAAUCCAGACUUAUUUUAUAACAAAGCUAUUGCAUUAAAAUAUCAAGAGGAAUAUGAUCAAGCAUUAAAUUCGUUUGAAAGAGCAAUGUCAUUGGAUCCUACAUGGGAAACCCCAUGCAAUAAAAGAGAUGAACUGUUACAAUAUUUAAAAGAUGUGCAAAAUUUAGUAAAUACAAAUGGGCGUGUUAAACCUAAAAGGCUUUAUCAAAUGAUUAGGGCAUUGGAUGCUAAACACUUAGGGCCAUAUAAAGGUGGAUCAUUUACAUUUGGUGAAAAAUCUAUAAAGUUAGAUUUAACUUCAUUGAAAAGCAUAGUGCUUGGAGUGAAUAGAGAGAAAGUUGUACUUGGAAAAGUAGUAUCCUGGAUUCAAGAUUCCGAUUGUGUCCCUUUUGCAUUUUGUCUUGUUGACCAUGAGAAAACGUGUAUUGCCGUUACGCUAUAUAAUUUAGCUAAGGGCCGAGGAGUUACGGUAGGUGAUUCGGUCGCUAUUCCAGAGCCUUUUGUGAUACAUCACAAGUUUUCUUACAUGAACAAUGAUUUUGAUUUCAAAUCUAUACGCGUUGAAACACCUAUCAUAUUAGUUGUUAAUGGAAAAAAAUUGGGUAUUGAACAACAAGCUGGAGUUAAGCUACAUACCUUUAAAAAGACCGACUGAGAUAAAUUUUUAAAGCAAAUAUCGAAAUAGUUUCAUGGAUGUUAAUUACCGCAUUAUCAUAUAAUUUUAUUUAACUGUAUAAAAAAAAUAAGAUGGUAUUAGAAAAAGCUUGCAAAAAAGAUCUUUGCGAGUAAUCAUUUUCAAUAUUGCGGUAAAUAAGAUUCUAAUUAGUUUAUAACGAGUUUUAUACAAUUUGAUUAUUUUCGUGCUGUUGCACGUUGAAACUUUACUUACUAUAGACUUUUGAUGGAUUACUUUAGCACAAACAUCCAUUUCAUUUAAAAUAGAGAGUUACUCAUAUGGUAUUUGUAUUAUAGGAUGUAUUUUCAGUCUAUUAUUUACGUUGAUUGUUGAAGACUCUUGAAAACAUGUUUGAUAUGUUUAUGUUACACUAAGUUAUUGUAUUAUCAUGUUGUAUCGUAUUAAGAAUGUUCACUGAUUACAUGGUAAAAAACACAGUGAGCUCCGAGUUCUAUAAUCAAUGGCGUUGAAUAUAUGUGUGAUAUAAGAAGCACGUCACUUUGCAAUAUUUGAAAGUAUUUUUUUUCUUUCUUGUUAUAGAUGUCAAUUAAUAGUGAUACUCUUUAUAGAAAAUAUAUACGUAUAGAUACUUUCAUUGUCCGUAACCGGAGAAAAAAUUUUAAAGCACAAUAUUCUAAAGACAAUCUGAAUAUCGAGUCGAUACAAUUAUACAGUUUGCAUAAGUUUAACUUGACCCAUCUAUGUAUGAUAAACGUACAACAAAUAAUUCUACCGAUAAACAAUAUAUACAAGUCUUUUAUCGAAAUACUUUUUAAAGAGCACAAUAUACGAAGUGAUACGCGUUAAUAGCGUUUUUUUAUCAUUUAAAAUACUAUAAUAUAAUACGAUCAAAUUUCGAUAAAAACAUAUUCAAUCCGGCAAUGAUCGUGUAUAAUAAUAGAAAACUGCGUAAAAUCAUAAAGUUCGCAUUGUUUUCUAAUAUCUAACCCCCAGUAGGUUCAUCGUGCCAAUAGAAUAAGUUUUUCUCUUGUAUAUAUAUAUAUUUAUAUAUAUACGUAUAUAAAGAAAAAAAACAAAAAUAACGACGAUAACAAUUAUCAUCAUUACCGUCCAACAUGUGUAAUCGUAAAACGAAUUACGUCAGAUAAUUUAAUCCUAAUAUCAAAUGAAUUAAGGUAAAUAAUCAAACGGAAAACGCCGCUGUUUUAUUUAACAGAAAAUAUCCUGUUAUAAUGUGCAACGCGUUAUGUCUAUAAAUCUUUAAAUUUAGAAGCAAUCCAUCGAGUGCGAUUGAUUCAUUACUAAUUGAACUCACUUUCGUUCCUUCUUAUUCAAGAAAAUCACGAUGAAAAUAUUAAUUCGAUGGAUCGAUUUUCUAUAUAACGCGUUCCAAUCAGUGCGUUUUCCGAUCAGAGAUCUUAUUGAAUAACGCUUGUGAUAUAUGAAAAACUUUUUGUAUAAAAAUGUUUUCUAUUAACGAUUAUAAUAAUAAAUACUUAUUUAUAACAAUAA